UUCUGCUUCUCAGUCUUCUGCCAGAAGCGCCUCUGAACUUUACUGCACACGCGACACUUUUAUUACGGGUUUGGAUUGAGAGAGGCGCGUGCCAUCAGAGAGCUGGAAAGCAUCUGCAAUCGAGGAAUAUAAGAGUUUCAGAGGGAAACUGCAUCUUACAGGUGAACGAUGCUGUCCUUGCUUUCGCUGAGUAUGUGUUUCUGGGUCUGCUCGGCCACAGCGUCUUUUGAUUACUUUAACACUGAGCCUGAAAGCACACUGGGAGUCAGCAUACCCAAUGAGCAUCCUCUCCGGCCUUUGAUGGGUGACACAUUAAUUCUGCCCUGCUACUUCUUGGACAACACGGUCAAUGACCCUGGUGCGCCCACCAUUGCCCCUUUGUCUCACCGGAUCAAAUGGAGUCUGGUCACCAAAGAAAAGACCACAAACAUUUUAACGGCAUCUGAAGGAGUGGUGAGCAUUGACAAAAGGUAUCUGGACCGGAUCACCAUGUUUGCAUACCCCAUGACGCCCACAGACGCCUCCAUUAAGAUCACUGAGCUCCAUACCAAUGACUCGGGAGUGUACCGCUGUGAGGUCAUGCAUGGGAUAGAGGACAGCUAUGCUGUUGUUGACGUUCAAGUUCAAGGAAUUGUUUUCCACUAUCGUGCCAUCACCACACGAUAUACCCUUACAUUUGAGAAGGCCAAGGCAGCCUGUAUUCAAAACAGUGCAGUGAUUGCUACUCCGGAGCAGCUCCAAGCAGCUUAUGAUGAGGGAUUCCAUCAGUGCGAUGCGGGCUGGCUUGCAGAUCAGACCGUCAGGUACCCUAUUCAUGAUCCUCGUGAGGCUUGUUACGGAGACAAGUACGAGUUUCCAGGAGUGAGGACGUAUGGAGUAAGAGAUGUGAAUGAGACGUAUGACGUGUACUGCUUUGCUGAGAAAAUGACAGGGAAAGUUUUCCACACUACUUCUCCUAACAAAUUCACUUUUGAGGAGGCAGAAGCUGAGUGUGCAAGGUUGGAUGCCAAGUUGGCCACCACAGGACAGCUGUACCUGGCAUGGAAGGGUGGCAUGGAUGUUUGUAAUGCAGGCUGGCUGGCAGACCGGAGCGUCCGCUACCCCAUCAACAUCGCCCGACCGCAGUGUGGGGGUGGCCUGCUGGGAGUGCGUACCGUCUAUCUGUUUCCCAAUCAGACCGGCUACCCUCUCCCAGACUCCCGCUAUGAUGCAUUUUGCUACUCUGGUAUGGCUGAGGAAGGUUCUGGCCUAUUGCCAUUCGAUAUAGAGAUGACCACGGAAGCCAGCAAUGGUGUACCGGGUGUGAACACAAUCACAGAAAGUCCCCAGGUCUUUUUAAAGCCCACCUCCACAGCAGGUGAACUGCAGGGAGAAGUUGUAACAUACAAGCCAUCAGUGACUACUAGUGUUGAGUUUCCAUAUACUGCACUAAAUAUUUCCCAGCUGCCCCUUUUACCACCCCCCAGCUCUGUGGACACUUUAGAUGUGGUCACUGAUGGGAUUGAUCUUGCCUCUGAUUUAUCCCGUUUGAAUGAAACCCAAGGCAUCAUGUCCGCCACAGGGGUGGUCUUCCAUUAUCGAGCAACCUCUGGUCGUUAUGCUUUUGACUUUGUCGAGGCUCAACUGGCAUGUCAGAGCAUCGGUGCAGUCAUUGCCAGUCCCCAGCAACUGCAGGCAGCAUAUGAGUCUGGUUACCAUCAAUGUGACGCUGGCUGGCUGUUAGAUCAGACUGUCAGGUAUCCCAUUGUGUCUCCACGUGAGAAAUGCUCUGGUGAUUUGGAGCAUGUUCCUGGUGUGAGGUCUUAUGGACUGCGUUCUUCUGAUGAACGCUAUGAUGUGUACUGCUAUGUGGACAAGCUACGGGGGGAAGUUUUCCAUGGAAGUUCAUUCGAGGGAUUCACUUAUGGUGAGGCAGUGGCUUACUGCCAGGGCAAGAAUGCCUCCCUGGCCUCCACAGGAGACCUGUAUGCCGCUUGGAAGCAGGGCUUUGAUAAGUGCCGUGCUGGUUGGCUUCUUGACCAAAGUAUACGUUACUCCAUCAAUAACCCGCGGCAGCAGUGUGGUGGAGGGGAGGCUGGAAUUCACACAGUUUACAAGUUUCCCAACCAGACUGGCUCUCCUGACCUGCACUCCAAAUUUGAUGCAUACUGCAUCAAGGUGGAUCUGGAUCUGUCUCUGAAUGAAAGUGAAACAAAUAUGACGGUGACAGAGGACAAGAUAGUGAGCGUGACAUCCCUCCCUGCUCUUCUCAAACCUGAAGGAGUUGCUCCCACUACUUUCCCUGCGGAAUCCUCUGGAUCUGGCACAUCUGGGCUCAAUGGCACUGAUGAUCAGUUGAGCAGUGGGAGCGGGGAUCAGCCAAGUGGGUCACAUGUUUCAAGUGGAGACUCUUCUGGGGCUAGUAGCACUGAUGAUCUGUUUAGCAGUGGAAGCGGGGAUCAGCCAAGUGGGUCACCUAUUUCAAGUGGGGAUUCUUCUGGGGCCAGCGGAAUUGACAGUCUGUCGGGCAGUGGAAGCGGGGACCAACUGAGUGGGUCAUUUUUGUCAAGUGGAGACUCUUCUGGAAUCAGUGGCUCUGAUGAUCUGUUGAGCAGUGGAAGCGGGGAUCAGCCGAGUGGGUUAUUUGUUUCAAGUGGAGACUCUUCUGGGGCCAGUGGCAAUGACAAUCUGUUAGACAGUGGGAGCGGAGAUCAGCUAAGUGGUUCAUUUGUUUCAAGUGGAGACUUUUCUGGGGCCAGUGGCAAUGACAGUCUGUUGGAAAGUGGGAGCGGGGAUCAGCCGAGUGGGUCAUUUGUGUCAAGUGGAGACUCCUCUGGGGCAAGUGGGAGUGGGGAUCUGCCAAGCGGGUCUUUAGGUUCUUCAGGAUCUGGCAGUGGCUUAGAUAUCCUAGUGACCUUUACAGAAAGUGACUCCAUUUUAUCAGGAGUUGGAUCAGUUUCAGGAAGACCUGAGGAGGCUGGGGAGGCAGGCACAGAGAUCCUGACCUUUCCCUUUGGCCAUGGCUCAGGGCUCUUUGGAUUGGACACCUCUGGGUCAGGAUCAGGAAGUGGGUCAGGGUUUAGCUCUGAAGAGAGUGGAUCUACCUCAGACUUUUCUAGCAGCUCAGGAGAAAGCGACGAGAGUGGAGACCUUUCUGGCAACUUCUCAGGAUCAGGUUCUAGCGAGGAGUCCUCAGGAAUUAGUGGUUUCCCAUCAGGAAUUCUUCCCUCUGGAGGAUCAAUUGGCAUUUCAUUAAUCGAUGGCAGUGGUGACAUCAUGGUGGAUAGCCCUUGGGUAAAGGUGUUCACUGCUCCACAUUUAACCGAACAAGAACUGAGUGGAAGCCAUGUGGAUUUCAGCGGAUCAGGACAUAUCUCAGGGUCUGGGAUGAGUGGUGAUGUCUCUGGGAUGAACGGUGAUGUCUCUGGGAUGAGCGGUGACAUCUCUGGGAUGAGCGGUGAUAUAUCUGAAGUUAGCGGUGUCCACAGUGGCUCUGAGAGUGGUUUAGAGUUUUCUGGUCUGACAUUUUUGGGAUCGGGCUUUAUUGAUCUCACAGAACAACCUCGUGAGCAGGAAGCUUCUGGACUUUUGGUGUUUGGGUCUGGUGAGAGAAGUGGAUUUACAUCUGGAGGCUAUGCCAUUGAAUCAGGGGAAAGAUCAGGAGAAUCAGCUAGCGGUGAUAUCAUCUUCUUCUCCAAUAAUGGUCAGGUGGAAAUGUCCAACAAGCCCUUCCAAGUCAUGGAGCUAGGAAGGGGGGAGUUGGAGUACAGUGGCACCAACAGGUUGUCUUCAGGGAGUGGAGACGACCAAAGUGCCUUUGCUAGUGGACAAGAACAUGAAUGGAUCCUAGAUACUGAAGAUACGCCAACAGUGAACUCCAGUGAUGCUGUAGAUGUACUAUCUGCUCAAGGGCCAUCUAGCUUGUACAGUGAUGCUGCAGGACCUCCAUUGCCACCAUUAUCGGAACCAGAGGGAAUCACAAGUAAACUUGACACUGUUACUUCUGCAGCUUUGUCUUCUACCACAGAACCUACUUCUUUACAGAGCCCUUCUGUCACGGAAGGAUUUGCUAUUAACGCUUCUCUUAACCCAUGCGAACCAAACCCUUGUGGAGCUGGGGUGUGUUCGGUGAAGGAUGGUGUGGGCAUUUGUCACUGCCCACCUGGACAGCAUGGAGAAGAGUGCCAGUUUGAGGUUGAUGUUUGCCAUUCAAACCCUUGCGCCAAUGGAGCCACCUGUGUGGAGGUAGAGGACACUUUCAAAUGCUUAUGUCUGCCCAGCUACGAAGGAGACCACUGUGAGAUUGAUGUGCACAGCUGUGAGGAGGGCUGGACUAAGUUUCAGGGCAACUGUUACUUGCAUUUUUCGGAGAGAGAGACCUGGCUGGACGCUGAGCAGCACUGUCGAAACUUUAACGCUCACCUGGUGAGCAUCAUCACUCCAGAGGAGCAAACCUUCAUCAGCUCAUACGCACAAGACUAUCAGUGGAUUGGACUGAACGAUAAAAUGGUGGAAAAUGACUUCCGCUGGUCAGAUGGGACUCCGCUGCAAUACGAGAACUGGAGGCCUAACCAGCCUGACAAUUAUUUUAACUCUGGUGAAGACUGUGUUGUAAUGAUCUGGCAUGAAAAUGGCCAAUGGAAUGACGUGCCCUGCAACUAUCACUUACCUUUCACAUGCAAAACAGGCCCAGUGACAUGUGACCAGCCUCCUAAAGUGGAGAAUGCCAGGAUAUUUGGCAACAAGAAAGAUCGUUAUCAGGUGAAUUCUAUAAUUAGAUACCAGUGCAGUGACAACUUCACACAGCGCCACAAACCUGUGAUCCGCUGCAUGACAGAUGGACAGUGGGAGAAGCCGCGAGUGCAAUGCAUAGCCAAGGUCAAAUCUGGACUGCAAAAGGAAUCUUCUGUUCAUCACUCGAAUAAAUCUAAUACAACAACAUUGGAGAAACAUCUAUAAGGAGAUUUGAAGAGCUAGAGAUUCAUUUUUAAAUCUGUACGAUUUUUAUAUUUAUUUUCCAAGACACUGAAUUAUGAAGCAUUUCUGAUUAAAAAGUGUUAUUUUCAAGAUAAGUGCCCAUCUUGUAUAUUGCUGCCCCCUAUACAUUAGAUUUCAGCUAUUGGCCAUCAGCCAUGAUGAAGUGAUUCAUCUCAUCCCUGCAACAAAAGAUCAGAGACCAAAAGAUCAAAGACCAACAGCAUUCAUAAAGAUGUCUGUAAAUAUUAGCAGGUUUUCCUUUUGGACCAGCUAGUGUUUUAUGUUAAAAUGUACUCAGUGAAGAGCUGGAUGUGCCCAGUUUUUCCUCUGUGAAGGAGAGUGCAACAAUUUUGUCUUUCUCUGCUAGUAAGCCAAAUUUGAGGUACAUGCACAACAUAAAUGAUAUGAUGAAUUGUGAAGUAUUAUUUUCAUCUAGUUUGUCGAGAAAAGAUGCAAACCUAAAAAAAAAAAAAAGUCUAUAGCCAUAAAAAAACAACUUUAUUUAUUUCUAAUAACCAGACAGAUUGAGAAAACAACUUGCACAAGGAUGUCGUUAAUUUGUUAUGUCUGAGUUGGAAACUAAUGUGAAAUGAGAUCUAUUUAUUUCUCACAGCAUAACACAUAGUAGGCUACAUCCAUCUUUGACUGGGUGUGUCCAUCAUUUCACAAAAGCCAUAUGUAAUUAAAGGAACAGUUCACCCAAAAAAAGAAAAUCUGCUUAAAAUGUACUCACCAUAAGGCCAUCAAUGAUAUAAACGAGUUUGUUUGUUCUUUCGAACAGAUUUGGACAAAUGUAGCUUUACAUCCUGGCUCACUGAUGGAUCCUCUGCAGUGAAUAGGUGCUCUCAGAAUGAGAAUUCAGACAGCUGAUAAAAAUCUCACAAUAAUCCAAAGGUAAUCCACAAGACUCCCGUCCAUUAAUUUAUAAUCUUGAAGCAAAGCGAAAAUCCAUCGGCAUACUUCUUUAGAACUGUUUUGGCUUAUGAACAGAGCUUGAUCUGUGCAUAUUUAUCUCCUUAUUCAGACAAGAUGAACAAUAUGGAUUGAAGACUUGUUUGCAGUUAAAAAAAAAAAAAACACCUUAAUGGUAAACACCUUAUUGUGUUCAUUACAAACACACAACUUUAUGCUUCACAAGAUAUUGAUGUACUGGAGUCGUGUGGAUUACCUUUGGAAUAUUGUUUUCAAUAUUAACCUUUGGAAGGUUUUUUCAGCUGUUUGGACUCUCAUUCUGACAGCACCCAUUCACUGCAGAGGACCCAUUGGUGAGCAGUUGAUGAAAUCAUAAAUUUCACACAAAUCUGAUCCAAAGAGGACACAAACUCAUUAACCGUACAUCUCAGAUGGCCUGGAAGUGAGCAAAUUUUCAAUUUCAAGUGAACUAUUCCUUUAAACAACAUCAGACAGAGCUGGCCAAACCCAGGCAGAUUAUGAAUGUAAACCCAACAAUGAAAAUGUACUUGUUUGUUAGAUGUUAUCUGUCACCCAAGACUGUGCAGGGCAUAGUACUACAUGGGGACAAGAAUGACCCUGGAACAGCUAACAGCUUUUAUUUUAUAACAAUAGUUCAGAUAGAACCAUUAAUGACAAGUGCCUUGUGAAUAUUUUACAUUUUGCCUGUGAUGAGACUGCUUGCUUAGUACAAGAGGCUGUGCCUCUUUCCCAAACGCAGCGGGAGCUCUCUUUUAUACAGCAUAGCUUUAGGUUCAUCUGAUACAGCUGAAAUGACGAAUGCAGCGUGAACUGCAGGAGAUGCACAAAUAUUUCUUGAAAAGCAUUUUUUUUCUCAUGAAUAGCAAAGGGGUUGGAUACUGUGUGGCAUAGAAAACCUAUCAUUUCUUUAAUUGUGAUGGAUGAGUGGCCAAAGUCAACAGUGAAAACAUGGGAAAAUACGAAAUGAUACUGUCGUUGUGAUAAUCUGUUUUAUAGUAGGAGAAUUUCAAUUUAUCCAUGAAUGUCUUCAGAUGAACUUUGUGUUUGAAUACCUGUAUUACAGCAAAUGCAACAACGUGCCAUUAAAACAUUCCAUACAUCA